GGCCCCGCCCGAGCUCUCGCGAGAUCUGCGCUGUGGGAGGAGGAGGAAGAAGAGGAGGGAGGCGCCGCCGCCGCCGCCGCUGCUGUCCCGGGCCGGCGCCGGGGAUGGUGUUGGCCGCGGCUGCCGGGCCCUGACGCCGCCUUCAGGUGGGAAGCAGCAGUAAUGCUAACUCUGGCAAGCAAGCUGAAGCGGGAUGAUGGCGUCAGAGGCCCCCGUGCAUCCAACCCAGCGUCUGACUCCACGCGCAGGGUGUCUGUCCGGGACAAGUUACUCGUUAAAGAGGUUGCAGACCUUGAAGCUAAUUUACCUUGUACAUGUAAAGUGAACUUUCCUGACCCAAACAAGCUCCAUUACUUUCAGCUAACUGUAACCCCAGAUGAGGGCUAUUACCAAGGGGGAAAGUUUCAGUUUGAAACUGAAGUUCCUGAUGCCUACAAUAUGGUGCCUCCAAAGGUAAAAUGUUUGACAAGAAUCUGGCACCCAAACAUUACAGAGACAGGAGAAAUCUGCCUAAGUUUGUUGAGAGAACACUCAAUUGAUGGCACUGGCUGGGCCCCAACUAGAACCUUAAAGGAUAUUGUCUGGGGGUUAAACUCUUUAUUUACUGAUCUUUUGAAUUUUGACGAUCCUUUGAAUAUUGAGGCUGCAGAGCAUCAUUUGCGUGACAAGGAGGACUUCCGCAAUAAAGUUGAAGAUUACAUUAAGCGCUACGCGAGAUGAUGAAGGGGGACGGAUGGCAGGACCACGGCUCCAGAGCUGUCCUCAAUCCAACAGCAGCCAAACAGCCCGGGUUGUACCAGUCCUGUGUCCAUGUUGUACUGAAGAAGAAAACUAACUUCAUAACCUGUCCAUGUUCAAAGGAGAGUUCAGCAUAAAUACGGCAAGAAAUUGUGUCUGUCGGUUGAAAAAGUUGUCUGCUUCCUUUACAAAUGUUUACUCUUCUGAACUGUACUGUAUAUCCUGUUGAUGAGAUACGCUUGAGAAGUUGAAAGACGUCACUAUUGAAAUUGUAAUUACACUUUUUUAUUUUAAACACUUGCCUAAUCUGGAGGGAGGGAAGGAAAAAAAAAACAAAAACCCAAAACCCAAACAAACCAAGCAGAAAAGGUGGCGUGUUUUUGGAACACUUUGAGUUGGCAAUAAAUGGUCUCCUGUGAACCAAAUCACAAAACUGUUGCCUUUGAUGAGCAGAAACAAUAUGAGCUUUUUCUAAGAGUCACUCAGCUGAGGCUUAGAGCUUGCCAGAGUGGAAGUGCAAAAUGAGAUUCUACUUCUGGUGUUGAAGUUCUCGAUGCUGUUUAAUGUAAGUAUGUUUUUGUCAGUUUGGAAUUAUUACAUUGUUAAUUUAGGCUCUAUUUGGGCUACAGUCUUUUUGGGUUUUUUUUUGUUUCUAUUCAUUGUGUGAAGUAGUUAAAAAAAAUACAUGCUAAUAUGUAACUUAAGUACAUGUUUAGUAUUAGUAAAAUUAUAUAUAUAUAUAUAUAUAUAUAAAAUAUAUAUUAUCUAUUUCUGUGAAAAAAUUAAUGAAAGGGAGAUUUUUUUAAAAAGAAAUCUGCUUUUGGCUUUCCAGUCUGGAUGUGGUGAGGGAGCAUCAGAUGCUGUUUGAUCUGAUGAAGAUAAAUUUAGGCACUGUUGCCUGGAGAGCACCUAAUUGUGUUCUCCAGAUUCCUGCACUGAAAGGGAAUGACACAGCUGGAACCACAACACAUUUCCCCCCCGGUGCACACUUUGGCUUUCUUGAUUUGGGAGGAUGUGAUGCUGCAGUUGCCUUUUCUGUAAGGAGCUGGGUGGCUCCGAGAGCUGCUGAGGAGAGGCUUCAGCCCGUGUGCCAGGGUUCCCUCAGCAUCCUCCAGGACUGGGAUCACACAGAUGGAGCCCAGCUGAGCUUUACAAACCAGGAAAUAAAUGUUUGUGUGCUUUCAUGCAGUAGCAAGCGUGUGUGUGACACUUGGGCUUUGACUGUUGGGGUUUUAUUCCCCCUCCAUUCUCUCCUGCUGUUCCUCUGCUGCAGAGGAAAUGAAAACAAUCUCCUCAAGAGCACAGCAGAGCUGGGCGCAAACUGUAAGCGUGAAACGUGUGUGUUGAGUUUCCCUGUGCCUUUUUCUUUGCAGCUGCACCAGCUCCUGUAGCUGUUGCUGGAGGCCUGGGAAAGCAGGGAGGUGAAAUGCAGGGGCUGGCACGCAGGAGGAGAGCUGCACCUGCAGGCACUGUUCAGGGAAACACGGAUCAGCCUUUUCAGCAGGCACAUGCAGUGAGAGAUCUCUGCUGCCAAAACAGAUGUGUCAGCAAAGGUAGGGGUAAAACACUCACAGAAAUGGCAAGGUUGGAAAUCCAUCUGGAUUUUACUUACGGCAUUCGAAGGAUUCUCUUAUUCUUGAGUCAAAAACUCAACCAGGUUGGUGUAACAAAGUAGUUCUUGCUGUAGAGGCACGCUGGUACUGUCCCAUCCUUCAGGAGGAGGGGUCACAGCCCUCAUUUCUUGGGAUGUCCCCAUGGAUGGCUCAGCAAAGCCAGGGUGCUGCUCAGGGGAGCCAGGCAGCCCUGUGAGCACAGAGCUGCAGCCAUCAAAGCCAUCCCUGCCUCCCAGAACAAUCCUGUCUCACCCUUCCCUGUAUUGUUGCUUGCCUGGAGGAGAUGAGCAGAAUAAUAAAGUUUGGAUACUGUUAAAUACUGUA